AUGUUAAAAUUUAGUGGAGAGUUUAAUCAUGCUUACAUUAUUACUUAUGAAAGAAAACCUAAACUCUAUAAGAAACUUAUUUACUUGAAUCUGCUACUUUUUGUAAUAAUCAGUUGGCUUUAGUUCAAUUUAUAGUAAACUAUAUUGAUUACUAUUAUUUACAAUAUUUUAAUAUAUAUAAUUGGAGGAAAUGAAAUAAUAAUUGAGCAAAUGCAAAUUAUUAAAAAUAUUGGUAUACAAAUUGAAAAAAGAAAGAGCAAUGGAAGUGUGUCUAAAGAAUUUAUUAAUUAAAAUAUUAUCAGAGAUGUUGUUCUUUAAGAAGGAUUAACCACUUUUACUGUUGAAAUUUAUUUAGCAAUUAUCUGCAAAGGCAUGAAAUAAAUGAUUUUACCUUUUUAAUAUAAUCUAAGCACAGAUUAAUUAAUGUAAAUUUAUUAUCCUUUGAGAUAAAUGAUUAUGUGA